AUGGAGUUUCCUGUUUUUAUUUCCGUGUUUUAUAUGUCGUUCGUGUUUGCGUUUAUUUUACAGGCUUUGGCAACGAUGGCUCAGGACGUGGAGAUGAAGGAGCAGCAGCCUGCCACGACCAACUCCAUUUCCGACUCUUCGCCAUCCACCAUUCAACAUUUGAAAGACAUUGCCGCACUGAUUGAGAGGGGAGCUUACACCCGAGAGGUUAGGAGGAUCAUUACGGCAAUUCGAUGGACAAUUCAAAUGAGAACGAAGCUUAAUGCUUCUGUGCUUUCUGAAUUUCUCAACUUUGCACUCGUGACUGGUUCUGAGGCGCAUUCGCUUGUCUUCCAUGAUAUGGAGGUGGAUACUGAAGCUCAUACGAAGCAUGCCUUACCAGAGCUUGAGAUCUAUUGCUAUUUGCUUGUGCUAAUAUUUUUGAUUGACCAAAAGAGAUACAAUGAGGCAAAGGCUUGUUCCUCAGCAAGUAUUGCACGUGUGAAGAACCUCAACAGGAGAACCAUAGAUGUACUGGCAUCGAGGCUGUACUCUUAUUAUUCUCUGAGCUAUGAACUGACUGGGGAUCUAGCUGAAAUACGAGGAACUUUACUUUCUUUGCACCGGACAGCGACUUUACGUCAUGAUGAGUUGGGGCAGGAAACUCUUCUGAAUCUGUUGUUGAGAAAUUACCUCCAUUACAACUUAUAUGAUCAAGCAGAGAAAUUGAGAUCAAAGGCUCCUCGUUUUGAAGCUCACUCGAAUCAGCAGGCAAGUCACACUGCUAAGAUUAUGUACUUCAUUCUCAUUGCAUUACAUUACAUGUUUAACAUGUUUGAUUAUAAAGCUGUCUGGGUUGGAGAUCUCGAGCUUCUCAAGAAGAUAGCCGACAAAUACACGAACACUUUUACGGCUGACCGUACGAACAACUUGAUCGUUCGGCUGCGGCACGACGUUAUCCGAACGGGACUUGGCAACAUCAGCAUCUCAUACUCACGCAUCUCACUCACCGAUAUUGCUGCAAAGCUGCGGCUCGACUCACCAAGCCCCGUUGCAGAUGCUCAGUGCAUCGUGUCAAAGGCAAUUCGAGACGGGGCCAUUGAUGCCAGGCUGAAUCGGGCCAGCGGGUCGAUGGUUUCAAAGGAAACGGGCCAUUCGGGCACCUCGACAAACAAGCCUCAGGCUGUGUUAAAUUCAAGAAUUGCCUUUUGUUUGAACAUGCAUAAUGAGGCCAUUCGGGCACUGAGGUUCCCGCCUAACUCGCACAAGGAGAAGGAGAGUGCGGAGAAGAGGAGGGAAAGGCAGCAACAGGAGGAGCAGGAGCUCGCUAAGAUUUGGAGUUUGGAGCUUAUGCACGUUUUCAGUUUUGCUCUACGUUGGUGCCCGAAAGAUUUCAUAGUUUUAUGCAUAGUUUUAGGCUGGAAAAAUGCACGUGCUCUACAACGAAAGAUUUCAAAACUUGAAAUGGUUUUAUGCAUAGUUUUAUGGUGGAAAAAUGCUCUUGCUCAAGCAUAG